ACAAAAAACUUUUCAAAAACAUUGUCUUAUAGAUGGAAAUUAGUAUGCCUAAAACAUAUCUAGUUUGGUAAGUCAAUAGAUAGACCCAAUUCAACUUAUCCCCACUUCACUUCUCUCACUUGGGUUUGCUCCAAAAUGGGAAGAACUUCUUGUUGCAGCAUUGAAGGGCUGAAGAAGGGCGCUUGGACGGAAGAGGAGGACAAGAAGCUCGUCGAUUACAUCGCGAACCACAGCGAAGGAGGCUGGCGGAGUUUGCCGCAGAAAGCUGGCCUUUUGAGGUGUGGGAAGAGUUGCAGAUUAAGAUGGGCUAAUUACUUAAGGCCAGGUAUUAAGAGAGGAGAAUUUAGUCCAGAGGAAGAAGAGACCAUUAUUAAACUACAUUCUGAAUUGGGAAACAAGUGGUCAACCAUCGCCAAGCACUUGCCAAGGCGAACAGAUAACGAAAUCAAGAACCAUUGGAACACACGGCUGAAGAGACGCGCUGCUGAAACGCGCAUUGAUAGAAAUUUCGCGCGCAAUCCUGAGCCUCCGGAGGGCGGCAACAACAAUACCGAGGCAGAGACUAGUGCUAGGAAGGAAGAACUCAAGGAUUCCGGUAAGUUCAUAGGUCCGAUUUCCACAUCUUCUAAGCUACUCAACAAGGCCGCCGCUAAGCUCCGGUUAUCGGGUUCUCUUGCCUCGUUCUUGUCCCAACAAAUUGGGAAAUCCAAGUCAUUAGAAGGUAGUUCUGUUCCUAGUACUAGUUCAGCUCACUUGCUCAACAAAAUGGCCACAAACUUAAGUUCAUCAUCACCUAGAUCACAUUCUCUAGGUGCAAUUAAAGCAAUAUUUUCAAAGUCAUUAGAUGAUAAUAAUGCUGCAAUUAGUACUAUUACUACAAAUAACAAUAGUCCUUCUGAGAAUAUUGGAAUUGGCAAAUGCAAUAGUCUGGUGGAAAGUCCUGAUCAAUCCGAAAAUGCAACGCAAGUUUCAAGCCCAACCAGGACAUAUUCUGCCUCAGCUAGGCUGCUCAACAGAAUGGCCACAAAAUUCGCUCUAACUCAUCAUCGACCGCAUUUAGUACUCGGCGAUUGGAAAACGGUUUCUUGCAACUCCCCGGAUCAAGAGAGCACAAGAACCGAAUCCCUCGUCUCCGUACCGAGUCUUUGGAUGGUGGAUUCACCACAAGAAAUGUCACAUUUUGAUGAAACAACUCAAAUUUCGUAUCGGGACAUGGCGGUAGAGGCCGAUCAAGAUCAGGCAUUCCUCAUGGAAAUUGCUGAUGAUCAUCAUCAGAAAGAAAGAGAUUGUGACUCAUAUGAUGGUUGUAGUACUCCUGUAGAAGCCAUUGUGGGGGACUUGGAGGCUGCAAAUAACUGGAAUAUUGACUGUUUUUACAUAGAUGACUUAUUUAACUCUGCAAAAAGUCAGUGAAGUUUUGAUCAACUUUAAGAGCUUUCUAGUUCCAACUAAGUAUGUACUGUGAGGCAAGCUGUGCUUGUUGGAGGGAGUAAAUUUGUAAUUAUGUUGUAAUUUUUUCUUCUUUCUUUCUUUCUUUUCUUUUUCUUUUUCGUUUUCUUUUCAAGAGAUGUAAAUGAGUUUUCAUGCUAACUGAAACUUAAG